ACAGGGGGGCUGGGGUGGUGAUCGUUUACUUGGUGGCAACGCUUUGCAAUUGCAGGUUGCCUUGGGCGUUGGGCGAGAACGAGAACUAGAACUAGAUCUAAUUCUCUUUCUUCUUCUCCGAUCAGAUCAUCCCCAAAAUUUUAAAAUCCCCAAUAAAUUGUCUCCUUCCUUCCUUCCAAACCCCCCAACGCUCAAUUGAUUUUCCCAGAUCCCUGAAUUUUCCCGGAAAAUGUCGCACAGCGACACGAUACCCCUCCACUCCACCUCCCAGUCCGACAUCGACGAGAUCGAGAACCUCAUCAACGCCAGCGUGCCCUCAGUCCUCCCCGCCCGUCCGCCCAGCCCUCCGCGGGCUUCCAUUCCGGUCUCCUCUUCGCCCUUCAUUCCCUCCAAUCUCCCGCCGCCCGCCGCGGCGCCCGCGACGGGGUCCUACCAGAAGCCGACGCCGGUCCCCUCGGUACCUGCGCCGCCGCUGCCGCCUGGAUCCAACGGAGGCGGCCCAUCGAAGAGCAUUGGGGCCGCCGGGUUCGGGUCGCUGCCGAACACGCUCACGGAGCCGGUGUGGGACACGGUGAAGCGGGAUCUUUCGAGGAUAGUCAGCAAUUUGAAGCUGGUGGUGUUUCCGAACCCGUAUCGGGAUGAUCCCGGGAAGGCGUUGAGGGAUUGGGAUCUGUGGGGGCCUUUCUUCUUCAUUGUUUUCCUUGGUCUCACUCUCUCCUGGUCCGCAUCUGUCAAGAAGUCUGAAGUGUUUGCAGUUGCUUUUGCGCUUCUUGCAGCUGGUGCUGUGAUUCUGACAUUGAAUGUGCUGCUUCUGGGUGGUCAUAUAAUCUUCUUCCAGAGUCUGAGUCUUCUUGGUUAUUGUCUAUUCCCCCUGGACAUUGGUGCUCUGAUCUGCAUGUUGAAGGACAAUGUGAUUGUGAAGGUGGUGGUGGUGUGUGUGACAUUGUCGUGGAGUUCUUGGGCUGCAUAUCCAUUCAUGAGUACAGCAGUCAACCCAAGGAGAAAAGCCCUUGCACUCUAUCCUGUUUUUCUCAUGUAUGUAUCUGUUGGUUUUCUCAUCAUUGCCAUUGAUUAAUGUGCAUUUAUACAAAGUGUUACAGGCUCUGCUCUAACGCACAUGCUGUUAUAGAUCUUUUAUGUGGUGGUUAAGUCCCCUUCUCAUGUGAGAUUCUGUUGGGAUUCUUUUCCCAUUCUUUUAGGCUUCUGCUUCCGCCUUGAUGUUUGAUACUCUAUACAACAAUAUUAUGUAGAUGUAUGAAAAUUUUGUGAAUUUUGUGCAA